UUUUGCCCUCGCUCACUUCAGUCUGUCGUUGAUUCGACCCAUUGGUACACGUGUAUUGUAUCAUUCGCUUUCAAUCGUGUGUUCGACCCAAACUUGUGACAAAACUUGGUGCACUACAGUUCUGAGUGAAUCGGAUUAUUUGCAGUGUUCGUAACGUUAAACAAUAAUGAAUGUGUGUUCUUAGUGAUUACAAUUAAAGGUUCUGGAAUUUCGAGCCGAUGGUCCUCUUGAAUACUAACAUGAAAAUAAAUGGUAUCCGCUAAAUAUUGGCCACUCGUUUAAAAUGACGAUAGAUAGAGCUGGUCGUCCUCCUGCCCCACGUAGAGUUUCAUCAACAUACAGGAGUUAUGAUGAACUCGGAACGUUAGACCGCGCUAGACCUUUGCGACAUCGUCAUGGUGGUAUAGAGGAUUUGACUGGUAUAGAAGAACGUAAAAUGUACCGAUACGAAUUACAGAAUUUAGACGACAUCACAGUUAUAAGCUCUGAAGAGAUACAAAGGCCGAAAAGAAAAACCAUUGAAGGUCUAGCAAGUGGGUUCAGAAGAACAUUUUCGGUCCGAAGCAGAAGAGAGUCUGAAGGAAUACCGUUAGACACUUUUAAUGAGACGUGUGAAGAAAAUUUCGCAACUGUUAGGGGUGCACCUUUUGGGAGACGGCGGUCGUUGUCAAGAGAUAGAGGAUCAUCUCUGUUAGCUAGAAGUUCAUCAGAAGGUGAUGUGAGGAUCCCUAUUCCCCGUGCACCGCCCGCAGCUCCAACGCCACGUCUGCAUCGCUGCCUUCGUGCACUCGGCGGCAGUUGGAAGAACCUUCUUUUAUUGGGCGGGAUGUCUCGCGGGGGCAGCGGAGCCGGCAAGACGGCUACUGCCAAGCGCGUGCCACCUCCAGCCGUCCCCGGCGAUGCCUUCGGUACUCCGCAGCACAGACACUCAGGAUCCAGCUUCGGCUCCCAAGGGUACGCCUCGUGCGAGGAUCAGCCGUACCCACAACCUCCAGAUACACCUUCACAUACAAGAGAUGACCAUUCAGACUACGGCAGCACGGUGUCUGGAGUGUCAGGUGUUAGUGGGGCCAGCGGCAGCCUUGGCAAGAGUCCAGCUGGCGGCGGCACAUUCACCUUCCCACCACCGUCACAGCCGCUCACACACAAAGCUGCCGUGUACUACCAUCACCAGUUGGCGCUCAGUGAUGACCAAGGGAUCGAUAUGACACAGAGCCCUGGCCGCGACAGUCCCGGCUCGUCAUCCGGCUCGGCGGGUUCUGGGUCGCGCCACUCCUCCGCAUCGCUAGACAGCGGGCGAGCGUCCGGCCGUGGACCACACUUGCACCACGCGGCCUGCCACUGCGGGGACGCAGCUGACAGAGUGCGGGCCAUGAUCACACAGGGCUUACCUGACCCAGACAUAAUCCAUGCUUGGCUAGCUGACCUGCAAAUGGAAGAGUAUGCGAGACUGUUCAUAGAAGCGGGGUACGACCUACCCACUGUUACGAGGAUGACUCCGGAGGACCUCACGGCGGUCGGCAUUAAGAAACCCAAUCACCGCAAGCGGUUAAAGGCUGAGCUCGCCAACCUCAACGUGCCUGAUAAUCUACCUGAUUAUAUACCUGGUUCCCUGGAGGAAUGGCUGCGACUUUUACGGUUAGAGGAGUACGGGCCCGCACUAGUGGCGCAGGGAUACCGCACCGUGCAUGACGUCACACAACUCGCCUGGGAGGAUUUAGAAGAUAUGGGCAUAGUACGUCUAGGUCAUCAAAAGAAAAUAUUACUGGCUAUAAAAAGAGUGAAAGACAUAAGGGCAGGCAAGAGGAGCAUCAGUAACCAGGGCUCCAUAGACUUCACCAGACUACAACCAGGCCAGGAUUUAUAUCCGAGGCAGCUACAUUACCAGCCUUGGGGGUCAGCGAGGAGUUACCAUAAACCCCCCGAUCUAACCUUUGACGCCCUACCAACGCCCCUAUGUGGCACUGAUUUGGUCCCUAUACAGAUCCGUCAUCCACGAGGGAAAUCGCUCGAGAGCCUAGAGGACCCAUCGGAGCGAACAUCUCACACGACGUUCUCGCCCGACGCCGGGUUUUACUACGGUGGGGGACAAUGGCGGCGAUCGUACGACGAUGGGGAUAUAACGCCGACGAACGACAGCUCGUAUGAGGGGGGCGGCACGCUGCCCCGCCCGAGAGGACUGGUGCGGCCUAGGCCCGUCGCUAAAAUACAAGCGACGCCCGCGUACAGAGACAAGUCACCGGACUAUGCGUACGACGAGAUCGCGUACUCGGCGAGGCUGCAGCGCGUCGCAUACGGGGCGAGUCCGCACGUGGCGAGGAAACCUCCGCCCGAGCCUCCAAAGCGGCAGAGUUCACAGUACGCGCCUUUCAGUCACCACGGGUCCAGGUUCGGUCAGACGACGGUGGAGAUCCACCCGGAGAAGAGCCUGCCACUGAGCCUGCCGGCGUACCCGAGCUCGGACUCUCUGAGCGUGUCGCUGGACAGCACGGGGCUGCUGCCGCCGCCGCCCGCGCCCGCCUCCCCGCCGCGCCGCUACGACGACGACAAGCUGCGGACCGGCUCCGACGCCAGCUUCAAGUCAAGUUCCAGCACAGAAUCAGACAGUAUCCCAUUUGCGAACGAAAACGCAGGAACAAUAAAACAAAACCGGGGUCAGAUCGCAGGAAGACCUCACACGGUCGACUAUGGACGCACAGGGAUCGGACUCUCCAAUCUGCCACCAAGAAGUACGCCAGAUAUCAAACCCACAACCCCCCACUCCCUUCCCGAACACAAAGACGAAGGUAAAAGCACUGAGCCGGUCGAUGUGCUAAACGAUAUCGGAAAUAUGCUUGCCAACCUAACAGACGAACUCGAUGCCAUGUUGGAAGAAGAAAAACGCCAAGGACUGGCCGAUUCCUAAUACGGUUAGAUUUACAAUAAAAUAAUUUAUACUCGAAUACAUACACUUUUGAAGUAAUACAAAACUCCAAAGAAAUCUGUUAUUGGCAAUCGAUCGAGUUGAUAAUCCUAUUUAUACUUUAAGUUAACUUGGAGUCAAGACAUCUGGCUAAAACAGAUCUCGAUAAUGAAGAGACUCUUCCAAAAAGAAAUGGCAAUAUCGCGAUCUCCAGUUAAGUCAUGCCAUUCUCUCUGGAAGAAACUUUUGAGAAAAUAUAGGUACAAAGUAAAAAGCAAUCAAUGUUUCUUAUACAUGUUAUAUACUACAAUAAUGGCUUAGCACAAAUUGCUAUUCAUACAUGAUCACACUUUGCCUUUGCUGCAAAAAUACCUAAAUACUAUACAUUUUACAAUAUCUUAGUAUUUCUACCAAUUACAAAUUUUAAUAUGUUUUAUUGUCAUUUAAAAAAAUAUUCGUGAGUUGUUUGUUUUCGUUAUUCUUUAUUUAAUGACGUAAGUUCCUUGUUAUUAUACAUAACAGAUAAAUACAGUUUUAAUUUCUCAUUGGGAUAAUGAAAACUAGAGGUAGGCAAAUCCAAAAACAGAUAAAAUAUGGCUAUUUUUGUAAAUAUUGUUUUACUUAAAUUAUGUCAUAGAUAAAAUAUAUCCCUUGUAGCUAGUUUUUCAUGUACAAUAAAAUUGUAGCGUACUCGAGUAUGGUGUAGUAUGGACUAGUUAGAAUUUAUACAAAAAUAUUAGCUUAGUGAUAGUGUGAGAAAUUAGAGGUUACAUAAUGUAUGUAUCAUAGACUCAUAUAGAUAGAGAUAGAACCUCAUAGACAUUGUAUGUUAAUUCUUAUAUUUCAUUAACAUGUCCAAUAACCGAACAUUCAAAUGCUUUCACAUUACAAUUCGAUGCAAUCAAAAUAACAAUAGGACUGUCGAGACUUGCUAUGUCAACUGUCACGUGAUCAACGAUAAGUACGGUUUGCAUUAUUUAUUUGAAAUUAUUUUGCAUAAUGUACAUAACAGUUUUCUAUACUAUUUAACUUUGACUUAGAAGUACAAAGUUAUGUAAGUAAGUGUUAAGAAUUACUUAUUUUGACAGCUGUCAUAAUAUGGCGGGAAACCAGUUGUAGGGUUAUUUUGACAACAUUAUCUAUGAAAUAUGGAAAUCGGAGAGCUUAACUUAACUAUUGCUAUCCGCGUGCUUCCCAGAAUUGCCUAGACACGCUUUCUGUAUAUUUGAAUUUUGAAUUUAUACGAAGUUCAAGUCAUACAAAGAUAGUUAAUUUGUUCCAUAAUAAAGUAAUACGUAUCAAAGUGAUAUUUAGCGGCCAUAAAAAUAUUAAACUUUUCGUAAUACCGUAAGACAGUAGAUCUAAUCUUACUACCAAAUAUAAAGUAUUCUUAUUUCCACAUAUUAUCUCAUGUUGCAUUAAUGAAAUAACUUCAAACCGUGCCUACAUACUUAGUGAUGCAAUGAAAUAGUAUUGUUUAUACAUAUCUGUAUUAAAGAUAUAUUUUAUAAGAACACUGUGAUUGUGGUUCGUUGCUGAUCUUAUCCAGUAUUGAGUACACUAUUCUCAGCGUGCUAUAGUAUGGUACAAUGUAUUUUAGCAAAAAAACAAGCAAAAGAACUAUUUCUUUUUAAGUAAUUGUCAUACUAAUAAUUAUUAUUGUCAUUUACCCAGAAUCAAUUGUAAAUUAUCAGAACUGAGUCUUCUUACCAUACUAUAUCGCACAGAAUAUAAAUAAACUAUUAACUGUUAUUCCCAUAUGGAUUUAUGCAUCGUGACGUCAUAUUUUGUGCCGUAACGUGCCUGUAUAAAUGUCCAUAAAUUGUUUUCAAUCGAACUAUCUACACAUUUUAUACCUUAUCGUCUAAGGAUACAGAAGUGAAUAAUAAAGGCGUCCAUUAUUACAUAUAUACAUUUCAUAUCAGGUUUUAUAUAAAAAUAAGACAAUAAAAAGUAAAAUAUUUUGACACGAUGCAUAAUUGCUAAUUUGGUAGGAAUACAAAGUUGAUGGUAACACCGUAUUAAGACUAGUAUCGAUGAAGGGGUUUAUAGUAACUUAUAUAGUUGUAAAAGGAAAUGUACAAUACGAUAACGACAUACUAAAACACACUGUGAAGUAUAAACUAAGCUUUAUUCUGUAAAUAUCAUAGACAUCAGUGUUUCUAUACGUUCUUUGAUAACAUUUGGUAUUUAGAAUUUUUGUAUCAUGUAAAUGAAGUGUACUGUCUAUAUAUUUAUAAUUAGUGUCGCCGUCACUCCAUUAUGUGACAUUAGAAAGGUGCUAGUUAUCUUGAAAUACAUGACGUAGAUAACGCGGAAUAUAAUGGAAUACAAUGUAAUUAUUUUUUUUUGUUUUUCGAACUAGUCAAAAUUGUUUCUCGAGUGACGGCAUCAUAAAAUGAAACAAUGUAUGUUUUAUUUGUAAUACUGGCAGCUUAACAUUCUUACUUAUUUUAUAAUUCAAUUCUUAUUUUAAUAAAUAUAUUUGUAAUAUCUA